AUGCCGCCUGUGCCGACCUGGCUCUGGGAGACGCUCGGCACCCAGCCAGAAGAUAUGAGAUAUCUGUCAUCGACCCGGCCUGAGGUGGCCAGCAUAGAGCCGCUGGACCGCGAUGAGCACCAGUGCUCCCAGAGGGCAGUGGUGCAGGCCCGGCUUACCCAGCCCGCCCGCCUGACCAGCAUCAUCUUUGCAGAGGACAUCACCACGGGCCAGGUCCUGCGCUGUGACGCCAUCGUUGACCUCAUUCAUGGCAUUCAGAUCGUCUCCACCACGCGUGAACUCUACCUGGAAGAUUCACCCCUGGAGCUGAAGAUCCAGGCUCUGGACUCUGAAGGGAACACCUUCAGCACCCUGGCUGGGCUGGCCUUUGACUGGAUGAUUGUGAAGGACACAGAGGCGGAUGGGUUCUCAGACUCCCACAAUGCACUGCGAAUCCUCACUUUCUUGGAGUCUACAUAUAUCCCUCCUUCCUACAUCUCAGAGAUGGAGAAGGCGGCCAAGCAAGGGGAUACCAUCCUGGUGUCUGGGAUGAAGACCGGGAGCUCCAAGCUUAAGGCCCGCAUCCAGGAGGCUGUUUACAAGAGCGUACGCCCUGCGGAGGUCAGGCUGCUGAUUUUGGAGAACAUCCUUCUAAAUCCCGCUUACGAUGUGUACCUGAUGGUGGGGACCUCCAUCCGCUACAAGGUGCAGAAGAUCAGGCAAGGGAAAAUUGCAGGUAUUCGCAUGCAGGGUGCUUCCAGGCUACCCAACAGCACUGUCUACGUGGUCGAACCUGGAUACCUCGAGUUCACUGUCCACCCUGGUGACAGGUGGGUGCUCGAGACUGGCCGCCUGUACGAAAUCACCGUAGAAGUGUUUGACAAGUCCAGCAACAAAGUCUACCUGUCGGAUAACAUCCGAAUUGAAACCGUGCUUCCUUCUGAGUUCUUUGAGGUGCUCUCAUCUUCCCAGAAUGGGUCAUACCAUCACGUCAGGGCUAUAAAGAGGGGCCAGACGGCAAUCGACGCAGCCCUCACCUCUGUGGUGGACCAGGACGGAGGGGUCCACACACUACGGGUGCCUGUGUGGAACCAGCAGGAGGUGGACAUUCACAUCCCCAUCACCCUCCAUCCCAGCAUCUUGACGUUUCCAUGGCAACCACAGACAGGGGCCUAUCAGUACACAAUAAAGGCGCAUGGUGGCAGUGGGAACUUCAGCUGGUCUUCCUCAAGCUACAUGGUUGCCACGGUAACUGUCAAGGGCGUGAUGACCACAGGCAGUGACACAGGACUCAGUGUGAUCAAGGCACACGAUGUCCAGAACCCACUGCAUUUCGGGGAGAUGAAGGUGUGUGUGAUCGAGCCCAGCAGCAUGGAGUUCGCCCCGUGCCAGGUGGAGGCACGAGUGGGCCAGACCCUGGAGUUACCCCUGAGGAUCAACGGUCUCAUGCCCGGCGGGGCCAGUGAGGUGGUCACCCUGAGCGACUGCUCCCACUUUGACUUGGUGGUGGAGGUAGAGAACAUGGGCGUGUUCCAGCCACUCCCAGGGAGGCUUCUGCCGGGGUCUGAGCACUGCAGUGGCGUCAGGGUGAGAGCCGAGGCCCAGGGCUACACCAUGCUCCUCGUGAGCUACAAACACGGUCACAUCCACCUGAGUGCCAAGAUCACCAUCGCAGCCUACCUGCCCCUCAAGGUGAGCCCAGGCCCCUGCCCUUUGCCACCCCCUGCCCCACUCACUUCUUCCCUGAUCCAGGGCCACACCGAGUGGGUGGAGCCUGCCCACACUGAGGGCGGGUCUUCCUCUCACGGGAGGCUUCUGCCGGGGUCUGAGCACUGCAGUGGCGUCAGGGUGAGAGCCGAGGCCCAGGGCUACACCAUGCUCCUCGUGAGCUACAAACACGGUCACAUCCACCUGAGUGCCAAGAUCACCAUCGCAGCCUACCUGCCCCUCAAG